AUUUAUAGCUCUACCAGCCUCCUUCAGCACCUAUUGUGAUAGCACCACUGAAGCAAUGAAGCCACAAAAUGUUCAUAUAGCCGUCGUCUUUCUUUUCUUUGUUUUUUUUCUUUGCUCUUUCCUCGCAUCUGCUCGUCUCCUAGCACCAACAAAACAAGGUGAAAAGGAGGUCAAUGGGAUCACUCAUGCUGCUAAGUCUUUCACAGACUCGGAAGAUCUUUCAAAUCUGAUGGGGUUAGAGACAGAGGAGUGUGAUGGAAAAGACGAAGAAUGUUUGAAGAGAAGGAUGAUGGCGGAGGCUCACUUGGAUUACAUUUAUACCCAGCACCAUAAGCCUUAGAUAUACCCGUAGAUAAUAUAUAUAUAUAUAUAUAUAUAUAUAUAUAUAUAUAUAUAUAUAUAUAGCUUCAAUAAAGAAGUUGAGUUUGGGUAUAUAAGAUAUUAAUCCCAUGUAACUAUUUACAUCAUAGUACUUAUGAGAAAAGAGAGUUUGUGUUUUA